UCCAUCCCAUCCCAUCCCAAUCUCUCGCUACAACAACGGAAAAUUGUCGAGGAAUUAGUUCUUUGAUUGAAUUUAUGGGGAGCUCCUUGAGGUUCACUGACGUCGUAUAUUGAUGUAAAUUGGGUUUCGUUUCGAUUGUUGGAUCUGCUGAUAUAUGGAAAAUUGAGGCAUUUUCUUGUUGGAGUCUAAGAUUUUGUGCUGGAAGUUCCAAUCUCUCGUAUGAUUGCUUCAUAUUUGGCCCCCUUGUGCCAAUGGGCAUUGUAAGGAUUAGGCCUCGGGGGCCUGGAAAUGAUGAUUCUGCAAGACAAAGUUUUCGUACCUUUCCACUCAACGAGCUCGCGCAAGAGGAGGGAUUGCUCUUGGAAAAGAACCCUGAUGAUGCUUUUGAUGACUGUGAACCUGCAGAGGUGGGUUGUGAGUUUGUCAUGGUUGAAGAUCAGAUAUGCAAUGUUCCAUAUGAGCUUUAUGAUUUGCCAGAUUUAAAGGAAAUUCUCUCUUUGGAGACCUGGAAUUCUUGUUUAACAGAAGAAGAAAGAUUUUCUCUAGCAGCUUACCUUCCAGAUAUGGACCGAGAGACAUUCUGUAUUAUGAUAAAAGAGUUGCUCAAUGGUGAUAAUAUAUUCUUUGGAAGUGCAUUGGAAAUUUUUUUCAAUAGAUUGAAAGGCGGAUUUUGUUCUCCACAAGUUUCUCACCUAAGGGAAGCUCUGCAGUUCUUGCAAAGACGGGGCUAUUAUCAUUAUCUCAGAUCAUAUCAUCAGAAUAUGGCUCAGAAGUUUAUGGACAUCAAAAGGGCAUGGAGCAAUUGUCAUCCAAACAUGAGCGUUGAGGAAAGGGUACGCAUUUGGAACAAUAGGAAAGAUUGCAGUCCUGUUUUUUUGGUUGAUCUCAAUGCAUUUCCUGCAGAAGAAGAGAUCUUAAACAAGGGCGAAAAGAACGUGGCAACCAUUCCAUUGUUAAAGAAGACCAGAUAUAUGAAUGAAGGCAUAAAUAUUCAUGACCCAACGGUUGUUUUGAAUGAUAUGGCAGCAAACAAAAAGACAAAAGCAAAGGGGGUUCUGAAAAUAAAACCAAUUGAAAUGAACACACUGCAAAAUCAACCUCUGCAACCAUUUCCAAGUGAGCCAUGGAAGCUAAGUAGGCGGCCACCCAAAGGUGUGUUAAAAAUAAAGCCUAAAUGUGAUCCUCUUGGUCGGCAAGAGCAAUCCAGAAUGAUCCAAAUUCCACCAGAACAAACUACAGCUGAUCUAUUGGGUGUUCAUACCUCUAGAUUCUCCACUUCACAGUUUGCUUUUCCAUGGGAUAAAAGGACUUUUGAUGAGAGGUUACAAUUUGUACAUCAGACAAGCAGAGAUGGAAAUACUUACAGAAGUUCUGGGUUUAUAGAAAAUCAUCGAAGAGAGGAAUUUCCAAACAUGGCUGCUGGACAGAGCUUCCAAAGAAAGAUAAAGAUGGUAAAGGACAUGAGGUCAGAUAAUGCCAUAGAGAUAAAUGAAGAAGUUUUUCCAUUGAAAAAUAACCAGAAAUUGAAGAUUUUUUCUCAUGAAACUAGUGGGUUGGGAGAGUUCCCCAAAGGAGACAACCUUCGAAACUCAGGUCAACGAAGUAGAGUACUUCAUUCUGGUUCUGCUGACUCAUACCCUAUUGCUCCUGAGAAUCAUCAAGGAGGAAGGCAGAUAACCACAGUGCAUUUCACACUUUCUGAAGCAGUUUCAGGGGUCCCAAUUGUUCCCACUGAUGAGCACCAGGCUUUUACAAAGUCUUCUGGUCAUUCAAAGCAUAAGCUUAGAGAUAAUAAUGAUGGAGUAUUGAAAGUGCCAAGUGUCCAAAUGGCUACUUUAGGGGUCGAAAGAGAAAAUCUUAUGUUUCCUAUAACAUAUAAGCGGAAAAAAGCAUACAGAAAGCUUAACCUGGUCGACUCUCUCAAGCAGCCACCCUUGGUAGCCGAUAUGGAGCCAGUAGCGCCGAGUGGAACAGUAAACAUGAAAGCGAAGGCCAUCAAGAUAAAGUUUAAAGGUUGGAAUGAUAAAAAUGCUGAGUACAACAAGAAAUGCUGAAAUGGGAUGAAACAGGGGUCUAUGUCAAGUUAACCCUAUAUGAUGUAAUCGAUGAGCAUUUUGCUGGAUCCUGCAACAAAUUAAUGAGGUUUCAAUGAUUCUGUUGGUGGGAUGCUGCAUUGGUUGCAAACAAGCUGCUACUAGUUAGGACUGACCGUGAAAAGCAGCCAAGCACCUGCUUCAGUAGGGCGUCUGGGAAAGAUUUGCUUGAAAUUUCUUAAAAUGUAACAUAUUCAGAGCUGAUCAUGGUUACAAAAGAAUGAAGCCACAUAAUAAGUGGCUUUUAUAUGCAUAUAGUUAUAUACAUAAAGCUUAGGUAUUUCAUUCCUUUCUCUGGGAUGAUCUGUAUUUGUUCUGUAUCCUACUAUCAGCGAGUAGGCAGAAGCAAAGCUAGUUUCUUCUUUUUCUCAUUACAAAUUAACUCCUGCUCAUUGUACGAGCUGAUCCUGGCAAAACCAUGCUGAGAUGUACAAGUAAAUUGACGUGUGUCGAUUUUAGUGUCCAAUAGAUAUUCUUGACUCUCAGCCUUCAUGACAUCAGCAAAUUUAACUUAAGCAAAUCUCAAAUCGUUUCUCUAUUCACGGAUAACAUUAUACUACAUCAAACUUGAUCAGUUUUUGGUUGCAGGGUUGAUGCAAGCUUUCCUUUUUUUAUCUUAAAGCUUCCAAUUCCUUAGUAAUCAGCCCUUUCAUCUGUGCUACUCAUCUUAAGCCCAAGGGCCAGGAGAUAAUUUCUGAAUAGUCUGAAACUACAAGUAUUAGAAAAUAUGUUUGAUUUCUUAAAUAAUGUUCAGGUCUUCUGAUAUUUCUAAAUGUGGUGAUCUACUUGGUGUUCUUGUUCUCCAGACUCUCUUAUUGACUGUAUAUGUUUCUGUCUCCUUUGGUCUGUUGGCUCUCUUUAUAACAGGCGUUAAUUUUGUUAACACUGUUCGUAAGACAGUCUUGACUCGAGUCUUAUGUUAUAAUAUUUUUGUGACAUUUUCGUUAUACAUAGUUUCUGAUCUUUGGAGAUCUUGUACUACUUAAGUGGUAGAAUCAUCUUGUUUACUUCUAGGAAAUCCUCGUUUGAAAAAGCAUUAGUAUUUUAGCAUCAUUAGUGUUGUUGAAUCUAACUUACUUUCUUUCCUUUGAAGCUUAGGUUGUUCUGGACAUAUUAAAGAAGUGUUGAGAGUUGCAUCAAUUUAGGAUAAAGUGGUGAAGAACCAAUUUAGGUGGCAAGGGCAUGUGGAAUGAAGAUUAUGGACACUGCAAUAAGGAGAUGUGCUUCAAUUUCUGUUGAAGAGUAUGGUAAUGAUUCGUGAAUCAGAAUUCACAGUGCCAGACCUGAAAAUUUGUGAUUAGGCUUGAUGAUUAUGAUUAUCAAGUAUUGAUAUGUGAGAUACCCAUGUUGCUAAGGAUCAAGGAAAACUGUAUCUUAUUCAUGGAAUGCAUUUUCUAGGGCAGCUUGGAUAGAGACUUGAGAGGUUUAAUAUCAAUAUAAUCUCGACUCCUUCGAA